AUGUCUUUGGGCUGCCGCAGCUACAACCUUCGGCAAGUGCUGGUAAUCAUUUGUCUGCCCGUAAGUGUCGUUCUUCUAGGGUUGUGCAUUUGGAAGCUUGUGGCCUUCUUUCAAAGAGCAACAGUAACAUACCCAACCACCACUUUGGAUUUCUGCCAGAAUGGAGGCACCUGGGAGAAGGAUGGAUGCUUUUGCCCGGAGCAAUGGAAGGGAUGGAGGUGUACUAUGGUUAAUUUCUGUAGCAGUAGCACCUAUGACAAUUUCCAUUUCGGCAAUAUCACAGUGGGCAAAUAUGGACCUUCCACAGAAAAAUGUGAAAGCAGCACGGCAAAUGCGGGCUUCUCAAAAGCAACUCGGUUUUGCACCAGGACCAUUUAUGGAGACAUAACCUUAGAAAAUGCUACAGAAGUGAACUGUGAUCAAAACCUGGAGACAUUGGUAGCUCAGAUAGAAAAUAUCACAAAAAAUUCUUUGGAGAUUGCUUCUGAAGCCCAGCGUUUAACCUCCGAUGCAAGCUUGCUGACUGCUCAGAACAUCACAUAUGCUACCAUUGUGGUGCAACAGAUUUUCAACACAUCCAGGAAAGCAACAGUUGAGGCAAAGAAAAUUGCAGUAGCCACAGUAAGCCAACUUCUAGAUGCCAGAGAAGAUGUUUUCCAGGAUGCUGGCAGCUUCGGAGGCCUCACUACAGAAUUGGAGACUUAUUCCUUGUCUUUGAUGAAUGAUUCUCUAUUCCAUCCCAACAUUGCCAUACAGUCUGUUGACCUAUCUACAGAAAAUACUUCACAGCCUGAAACUGUUCUUUUUUCUGUCCAAAGAGGAGCUAAUGACAUUCUGGAUUCACAACAAGCAUAUAUAGAUAUAAAUGAGAAGGAGCUGAAACCAGAGGACAGAACAGAGCUACAGAUCCUAGUCAAUAGCACACAAAGCACCAGCAGGAAAUUUGGCUUUGUUCUGUAUCAGAAUAGCAAAUUUUUCCAGUCAAAAACAUUCACUGUCAGGUCAAAUUUUAGCCAAAGAGUUGUCGCAUGCAAAGUUUCUGAUGAAGAUGAUAAUCAUUCAAUGGAGAACGAAGUUCCAAAUGUUUCUGUUGAAAUGAUCUUUAAACCAAAGUAUAAUGAGUCUCAAUUCCAGCUGCGUUCCUAUGCCUGUGUCUUUUGGAAUGUUACAAAGGAUGACUGGGAUACUUAUGGGUGUAAAAAGAAACCCAGCAGCAACUCUGAAUUCCUUGGAUGCCAAUGCAACCACACCACUAAUUUUGCUGUAUUAUUGAGUUUUGAUAACAAUUACAAUUAUCCGGAAUCUCUAGAUAUCAUAUCUAAAAUUGGUUGUGGAUUAUCCAUUGCUGGUUUGGCUCUUACAAUUAUAUUUCAGAUUGUUACCAGGAACCAAAGAAAGACUUCAGUUACCUGGGUGUUUGUGAGUCUCUGCACAUCUAUGCUGAUUUUCAACAUCCUCUUCCUCUUUGGAAUAGAAAACUCUAAUAAAAAUAGUGAGAGGACUGUGAGCUCUGAAGAUGACAAUGUGAUCCCUCAUCAUGAUAUUAAUCCUGUAGAAAAUCGUAUAUGCACAGCGAUGACUGCCUUUCUGCAUUAUUUUCUGUUAGUGACAUUGACCUGGACAGGACUCAAUGCUGUACAGCUCUACUUUCUUCUCCUCAGAACUAUGAGGCCCCUCCCUCGACAUUUUACUCUCAUUCUGUCUCUAAUAGGAUGGGGAAUACCUGCUAUAAUAGUGUCUUUAACAGUGGGAAUUGUUUACCCACUAAAAGGGGAAUUGGGAUACCGACAAGAGAUAAUAUGUUGGCUUGCAGUUCCAGAAGAUGGCAAUUAUCUGGAGAGCCCAUGGUUGUGGUCAUUCAUUUUACCUGCAGUUAUCAUUCUCGUUGCUAAUGUUGUCAUAUUCGUUUUAAUCGCAGUCAAAGUUCUGUGGGGAAGAAAUGAGAACUUGCAGAGCACAAAAAAGACCUCAGUAGUGAAGAAGAUUCUCAGCACAUUAUCCAUUGUUGUGGUUUUUGGGCUUACUUGGAGUCUGGGUUACCUGAUGCUAAUAGAUGAUCAGAAUGUAAGAAUCAUCUUCAGCUAUUUUUUCUCCAUUUUCAACACGACACAGGGGUUGCAAAUUUUCAUCCUCUACACUGUUAGAACAAAAGUCUUCCAGAAUAAAGUUUCUGAUAUGUUCAAGUCAAUAUCAUCUGCCAUUCGGAGUAUUGAGAUACCUUCUCUGAAGACAAUUUUUCUAUCUUCACGGGUGUAUAACAUGAAUAGGUCCUUUCCAACCAGAAUAGAGCACUUUAGGUUUCUGGAGCCAUCUACUGCUGAUGAGGAGACAUUCCUUUCCGAAAGUAGCGAAAGUAAUUCAUACCCCUAA